UCUGUGCUGCAACAAAGAAAUGCACCCUGCAAAGAAAGCUUCAAAUUGGCGGGAAAAUAAUUCAGUGGUGCCAAAGCACACACAAAACAAAAAUCACAACUUUGGGUUGUGACAGUUGGGUCAAAAGAUUUUGACAAGAUCCACAAUGCACUUGACAAUUUAGCACAUACAGUCUCUUGGGAUGGUGGAACAGUGUAGUUGAAUGCUGGGGGUAAGUCAACUAUUUACCUUGGCAGAAUAGUGGUGUUGGUGUAUUCCAUUCCUUACAACCAUUAAUAGAACAGCAGUCAGCGAGAAUGUAAAUUGUGUCCCAACAUCCAUCAUGUUUUGGUGCGAUUCAAGCAAGUCUCUUGUAUGGGGGUUCCUGAAGAGAAAAAAAAAAGUUUGGCCAUUGAAUUUUUGGAGAAACCCUAUAAUAUUAAGUUCACCUCUUUGCCAGGAAAAGUUAGAGGACAGCCUCUGGUUAAGUGAUAAGACUAAUAUAAGGACCUAGCAGAAAAUUUGUAAAGAGAGGUCCUAGUAUUAUUUUAUAUUCUACAUUCUGAAGAAAGAUAAAUAAAAAUGCUGACAGGAUUAUUACAUAGUACACGACUGAAUUCAUUUAUCCCCCAGUAUCUUUUAAAAGGGUGUCAGGGGGACAGGAUUUCCACUAAAAUUGAAAGCACAAGUAUAGAAGCUGAGGAGGCUUCAACUAAUUGGUCAGCUAGCACAGCAAGAUGGGUAGAGUUGCUCUCCACUUGCAAGUUCUACAAGGAGAGAAGAUAUUUGAAAAUCAGGAACACAUCAUACAUAUUCAUCAGGAAGUCUUCAUGCUCUAAGUGGCGUUCAAUGGCUAAGUGCGUGUGAUCGUUACCUAAAUAUGACUUCUACACCAUUGCUUUUAUAUACAACCUAGUACUAGCAUUUCAACUAUUCCACCCCAUCUUUAUUUUGGGGGAGACAGAAUAGCCUGCCCCAAUUAUCCAAGAGAAAAAUAAGGCUGUUAGGGAAAAGCAGGAGUUUUCUGGCCUAGUUGUUAUUCACCUAAUGUACUGGUGAAGGCCAGGCAAAGCUCUCAAGGAGAAGGGGGUCUGAAGGUGUCCAACAUCAAAAUUGGAAUCAGGAAUAUUGGAUUGGAAUUAGCUGAAAUAAGGAUAUACCAGGACCCAAAGCAAGAUCAGGAACCAAAGCCAGAACAGGAGUAGCCCAGAGUCAAACCAGAACCGGGAACCAAAGCCAGAGUCAGGAUAUGCUAGGAGUCGCAAUCAAAACCAGAGAGCCAGUAAAAGAAAGCCAGAAACAUAAAGAGAUCAGGAGUAAGUACCUCGGUCUUCUUGGACAGGAAUGCAGUGAGCUAGGCCUGGCUUAUAAGGGCUAGAGCUGGUGGGGGGAGAGGCGGGGGUUGGUUGCCUGUGGCCUCAGGCUUUUGGCUGCCCUGAUUAUCUCAUUUGGACCAGCUGAGCCCAGGGGACUCUUCUGGGCUUGCCUGUUUACCAGGUACCUCAGGGGAUGAAUUCCCUUUAACUUCUGAUUAGGAAGGCUGGGUUCUGAUGUGGCCUCAUUACAGUGGCAAGGAAUGGAAAACUCCAAAGAAUUGGGAAUAAAGUAUUCUAGAUAUAUAGGAAUCUAUUUGGGUCUUUAUGUAUAUUUAUUUGAAUUGACAAGGCAUUUAAAAUUAUAACCAGACAGAAACAAAUAUUGCAUAAUAUUGAUAUCUUAGUCACUUUACUAAUCCUCUGGCCACUGCCACCAAAUUACAAUAUUUAUCUUUGUACAUUGAAUAAAAAUAUAUACAUGAAGUGAAAGCUUUGUUGUUUUUAAAUUGUUAGUCUCCUUUUGGUGAGGUGUGAUUCAUACAUGGAGUAGUGAGAUUGUUAGAAUUAAGGUUUUGUCUCCAUUGCAAUUACUAAUUAAGUUAAUUAAUCCAUAUUAAAAUAUCAUUAGAAGUUGUGCUAUAGACAUAUCCUUAGGUAUAUAUGCAAUUUUAAACAACAGUAAAAUUGUAAUGUUCUAGCCAGUACCACUAGAACAACCAGUAAGACUUCUACAAAGUUAUGUUAGAUUUUUAAUGCCUUUCUGCAACUCCAUUCACUAAAAUUACUGUUUUGCCUGAAAAUACACUAAUAUUGGUUAUUAUGAAAAGAUAUCUUUUUUCUUAUGGUAUUGUACACAAUGCAUUAUUUGCAGCUCCAGCAUUUUUAAUAUAUUUAUGAAUGUUGUCAAUUAAGCGUGUUCAUCCAACAAAACCUUAAAGUGUGUUUUAUUGCAGUUGUUCACUGUGAAGAUUAUAGCUCUAUAAAGGAAAAUGUCUUUUUUCCCAAAAAUAUUAUUGCUGCCUGAAGUUGAAGGAUACCUCAACAAUGUAUUUAGAAAUCAGGAGCUUGUAACUGCUUUGGACUCACAGGAAGCAGAGAAAAAGUAUGAAUGUCUGUUAAGUCAUCUGCCUCAUCCACCAGCCUUCACAACUGUUAGAGUUAACACUCACUUAACCUCAGUUAAACAUGUGAAAAAUCUGUUGUUUGAAGAGAUCGAAAAGCAGUUUAAAGGUCUUAAUGUUCCAAUCCUUGAGCAUCCAGAACUCCAGGACAUUUUACUAAUUCCUGUCAUUGGACCCAGGAAGGAUCUACAACAGCAGUUAUCUGAGGUCAUUGUUGGAGCCCAGUGUGGGAGUGCAGUUCUCCGUGGUGCACAUGUCUACGUCCCUGGAAUCAUCUCUGCUUCAAAAUNUAUGAAAGCUGGAGAUAUGGUCUCUGUAUACUCUGAUAUUGAAGGGAAGUGUAAAAGAGGAGCCAAAGAAUUCCUGGGAACAAAAGUUUUUCUUGGAAAUGGGAUUUCUGAACUAAGUCGCAAUGAAAUUUUCAGUCCAAGUGGCCCACUGAAAGGGAUGGGCGUAAGAAUGACAGACCCAGUCUAUCUUAGUCCUUCAUUUGACAAUGUGUUAUCCAGUUAUUUGUUUUUACAGAACUUACCCUCUGCAGUUGUGAGCCACGUUCUAAACCCUCAACCAGGAGAGAGAAUUUUGGACAUGUGCGCUGCACCAGGGGGAAAAACAACCCAUCUUGCAACAUUAAUGCAUGAUCAGGGUGAAGUCAUAGCCAUGGAUAAGAUUGCUAGCAAGGUCAAAAAAAUUACACAGAAUGCUGCGUUAUUGCAGCUGAAUUGUAUUAAGGCAUUUUGCUGUGAUGGAACUAAGGCAUUUGCAGUUAGAAAGACAGAGGACACACAAGGACCUCCAUUCUUGGCAGAGUCAUUUGAUCGAAUUCUUCUUGAUGCUCCCUGUAGUGGGAUGGGACAGAGACCCAAUAUGGCUUAUUCCUGGACUCUAAAGGAAGUGACCUCUUACCAGCCCUUACAACGGAAGCUUUUCACUGUGGCAGUGAAACUGCUGAAGCCAGGGGGUAUUUUGGUGUACAGCACAUGUACAAUUACACUAGCUGAAAAUGAGGAGCAGGUUGCUUGGGCUCUGGAAAAUUUUCCCUGCCUCCAGCUUCAGUCCCAGGAACCACAUAUUGGAGGAGAAGGCAUGAUGGGAGCCAGACUGUCACUGGAUAAGUUGAAGCUGCUGCAGAGGUUUGAUCCCUCCAAUGUCACUUUACAGAGAAUGGAUAUUACCUCCUUGCUGAAAGCCAAGGAAGAUGAUCUGAUUCGUCUGGCAAAUAAGGACUGUAUAGGAUUUUUUAUAGCAAAAUUUAUUAAAUUGAAUGUUAAAUAGGUAUUUUGCAACACAACCCCAAAAAUACCUUUGUAGGUUAAGAAUGGUUCAAAUGUUAACCAAAUUUCUUACUACUGCAACGUUGUCAGGCCAACGGGAUGACGACAUGGUUGCUAUGGAAGCAGUAAAAUCUGCCAGCUGUUCUGCUGGGAGAGAGCCACAGGUUGGAGAAAGAAAGUCACAGUUGGGGGAGGGGUAUUUUCAUUUCGAAGUCUCCAUUUGCUUUUUAAUUUGCAGCAGGGCAGUGUAGGAAAGAGGAGUAAAUGCAUUCAGAUUGCUGCUUGCUUUGUUUUGUCAGGGUGAUUUCAUUGUACAGUAUUGCAAACACGUAGGAACAAGCUUUUGCUUGUUUUAUUUCUUAUGGGUAUUUAAGUUAUUUUAUAAAUUGCAAAAAAUUAAUGAGAGUUAAUACAUUGAAAAUAGUAAAUCAGAUUUUGCAGAAAUGGUGGUUUCUGCAGGAGUUUGUAAACUGAUAUGUCAUUAAAUAUUGCUAAGUAAAAGUGUCACAUUUCACAGAGAGCUGUUUUCUCAAUCAAUACUUAAAACCUCUUGUCUCCUUUACUUCAAUACAAGCAAGAAUCUUUUUACAUAUAUACACACAAAAUACUAUUUGACUUUGUAGCACCUCCUCUAUAGCAGCAUGUAUAGAUGAAUAUAUAAUUAUAUCCCACUUAAGGGAAUGGAACAAAUUUGUGUUUCAAGGACAACCUUCCCCUGUGUAAAAUUGGAUCAGUUCCAAGAUACCACAUUGGGCUGAUUGACCAGUGACUUUUUUUCAAGACAAAUAUUGCUUGCAAGAGUGAGGGCUACAAUUGAAUACCAAAUGCCAUGGGGAAGAUUAGAAUCUCAUCUUUCCUGGGGCAUUGCAUAUAACAUUCCUUACUUUUUCUGACAGAGUAUGAGAUCCCAGAUCACAUAAUAGCUUGCUGUGCUCUUUCUCUCAACUCUGUUCAAACCUGAUUGUUCUGAUUAAUAUAUCAAGAACUCCUAGGAACCAGGGCUCAAUGUCCCCUAACACACUGUAGGCCACCUUUCAAAUGACUCAAAGCAUUAACUUCUAAGUGGUUAGAGGUACUAAUUGCAAGAAUUAGGCCCAAACUGAGAGGUGGGAGGGAAUGUGCUAAUCAGAACAGAUUAACUGUAAUACAGCACCAGGUAUGUUUACCAAUCAUGGACUCAUAAAUACAUUUGGUAUAUUUAAAGAGGUUGGUUCUAGAAAUCUUACGGGUUCAAUUUAAACCCCUUUUUUCAAUUUGAAGAAUGUCACUGCAACUGGUAGUAACUCUAAAACCAGAAUAAACUAGGUAUACUUCAAAGGGUGCUGACAGACGUGCAGCACCCCCACUAACUCAUGACACUUUACAUAAAGCGCCAUGAGUUACACUGGUCCCUUGGCCCAACAGACAUUUGCCUGUUGCUUCGUGGGGGAAGGGGCGCCCAGGAAUUGAGCAGAGGAGCCUGCCUGCAGCCUCUCUUCUCCUCUAGCCCUGCUUUUCCCUUCCAGCUCUGGUGCUGUCUACAGGAAGGGAAGGUGAAGAAGGGAGGAGGAUUGAGCUGCAGGCUGCGGUUUGCCUGGCCGUAGCUAGAGGGGAGGGGGCUGGGUGGGGGCCCCGUGAGGCCAGGCUCCUAUCCACACGGCCCUCUCGAGCUCAGGCUGGGCAAACCCAAGCCCACAGCUCGCUCCUCCUCCCUUCUCCCCCUCCCUUCCUGAAGACAGCACUGGGGCCAGCUGCAUCAGUCCAGCCCUGAUUGCCGAAGGACUGACCCUAGAGAACAGAAGUUCUCUAAAGCACUCCAAGGUGGAGCAGCUUCAUUAGAUGAGGAUUCAUUUGUCACACAGUCACUUUUAAAGUGCUCUGCAGCCGUGCGCAUAUGUCAUGGCAUAGCUGUAGAGCACUUUCAGGGGGUUGAUCACAUGACAAAUAUAAUUUCCAUCUGCAUCUACUAAACCUAAAUUCAGGAUAUUUUUCUUUUGUUUAACAGUUUCUGUGUACAAGUAGCACAUGCAAAACUAGUCAGUAUAUUUAGCUUGGUUGAGUAAAAUGACAGAAUGACUAAAAUGAAAUAAUUGCAGUUCACUUCAGUCUCUGCUUCCUGCUAGAGAUUCUGCGGCUUUGUUUGUAGUUAAAACAAUCUAAUUCUUUUACACAGUCAUUUGUGUUUGUGUAUAAAUGCCCUGCUAUAAAUAUGUUGAUACAAUAUGUUCGCUGUUGUUCUUAAAUAAAACAAAUGUAUCUUCUAUUUUUUAGCCUUUAACUAAAGCUG